AUGGUGCGAGAUUUGAGUCGAUUUUUAAUUCCAAUUCUGGCUGUUACUUUUCUUACGAUCCAUGGAACUCACAGUGCAAAUAUUCUGGGACUUUUUCCCAGUCUGAGUCCCUCGCACCUGAUCAUUUCGAUGUCGGCUGCCAAAGUUUUGACCGAACGUGGACACAAUGUGACGGUGGUCAGCGUUUUGGAACCCACAAUUACCCACAAGAAUAUCCACCUGGUUCAAGUUCCCAUGACCAAGGAGGAAAUCAAGCAAAGGAGCGAAACUAUUGGCGCGAAACAAAAGAAUAACAGUAGCAAUCGACUGACAUCUAUUCUUAACAUGUCAAGUCAAAUGGACUCCAUGUUGAAGAAGAUGGCAGAUGUUUUUAAAGACGAAAGAGUUAAGAAUCUGUAUUUGAACAAAGGCAACCACUUCGAUUUGGUUAUCUCGGGCUAUUUCAUGAAUGACUACCAGUUGGGAUUCGCUCGAAAGGUAAACGCUCCCGUCAUCGUUUUGGCCCCAGGUCCACCAAGCCAGAUGUUGAACUAUCUAAUAGGAAAUCCCCAUGAUGUGGUGGAAAAGGAUAAGGACAUGUCCUUCGGUCAGCGAUUGGAUGGCUACAUAACCAGUCUUUUCUAUCAGGUCUUCGUGCGCCAAAUUGACCAGCGUAAUCGACAGUUUUACAAGGAACUCUUUGCUGAUGACCCCAACAUGCCGGAGUACUCGGAAAUGCUUAAGAAUACUUCACUGGUGUUCUUCUGUUCCCAUGCAGCCAGUGAGGGAUCCAUAAGAGCGAAUGUUCCAGCCGCCAUCGAGAUUGGAGGCAUACAGAUCAAGGACAAACCAGAUGUUCUACCUAAAAACAUCGAGGACUUCCUGGGAAAUGCCACUGAUGGAGCAAUUCUCCUGAGCCUGGGUUCCAAUGUCCAGGGAAGCCACAUAAAGUCCGAUACAGUUGAGAAGAUGUUUAAAGUCCUCUCCAAACUAAAGCAGCGAGUCAUCUGGAAGUGGGAGGAUCUAGAAAAGACUCCUGGUCAUUCCGAUAAUAUUCUAUACUCCCGUUGGCUGCCGCAGGACGACAUCUUGGCCCAUCCGAAUAUAAAGCUUUUUAUCAAUCAUGCCGGCAAAGGAGGUAUUACCGAAUCGCAGUAUCAUGGCAAACCCAUGCUUUCAUUGCCCGUUUUCGGUGAUCAACCCAGCAAUGCAUUUGCCAUGGCUAAGAACGGUUUUGGCCUCACCCUUAGCCUACUCAGUCUGGAGGAGAAGCCCUUCGAAGAGGCCAUCGAGGAGAUCCUACCGAAUCCAAAGUACAGCCAAAAGGUAGCCCAGUUCUCCUCCCUCUAUCGAGAUAGACCCACGAGUGCCCGCGAAUCGGUGGUUUUCUGGACGGAGUACGUCAUCCGUCACCAUGGAGCUGCCCAUCUCCAGAGUCCCUUGGUUCACAUGGACUUUGUGGCCGCCAAUAACCUGGAUAUACACGUCUUGUUUGCUGCCUUAUUAGUUGGUAUUUUAAUUCUUAUCAAAGCGUUAGUUCAAUACAUUUUUAAAACGCUAAUCUCAAAAAUUAGUAGGGUAACAAAGGUCAAGAAGCACUAA